AAUUUUCAGUAUAAAAAUGAAAUCAUUACUGCUUUAAAUCGGAUUAUUUGGAUUUUUCAAAAUCCAAUGAGACAAGCAGCAUCUUAUUUACAUAAAAAACCUUUGGCUGAGUUAAACGUGCGUCUUGAAGAUAUUCCAACUGGUAUACUUGGAUUUGUUCGCACUUCAGACAUUCUGACAUUACCUUUAUAUGAGUGGCCUGAGGAUGUAAAUCCCCGUCUUAAAUCAGAAUUACAACCUUGUUUUGUAAAUAAAGUUAGGGCUAUUACUUCAAUAUAUUCUCAUUUUUUGGAAAUAAUUAAUAAUUUGGUUAUCGAUGAUCAAAAUGAUUUUCUUGUUGAUUUUUAUAGCAUAAAAAAUUGGCUUCCAGGUAAUUUUUAG